AUGGGAGAACACUAUGUGGCUGCCGAGUCAGAGUGGAACUGUCGAAUGGUGAAAAGAGAAGUCGAAAUCGAGGCCCACCGCCCUCUUGGGGUCGUCGCCCUCGAGAUGAUUAUCGGCGAAGGAGUCCUCCACCUCGCCGCAGAUCUCCAAGACGGAGAAGCUUCUCCCGCAGCCGGAGCAGGUCCCUUUCUAGAGAUAGAAGAAGAGAGAGAUCACUGUCUCGGGAGAGAAAUCACAAGCCGUCUCGUUCCUUCUCUAGGUCUCGUAGCCGAUCUAGGUCAAAUGAAAGGAAAUAGAAGACCAGUUUGCAAGAUGAGUGGUGUACAGGAAAUAACUUCAUUUGACAGGAGUAUGUACAGAAAAUUCAAGUUUUGUUUGAGACUUCAUAAGCUUGGUGCAUUUUUAAGAUGUUUUAGCUGUUCACAUUUGUUUGUCUUGGAACAGUGA